UGUUACUACACCGCUUUCACUGACAUUUGUCUGCGCUGCAUUUCUAUUUUGGUGUGUCGCACUUGUAUUACUCGUAGAUUGGUUUAGAGAUAUAGACACCGUCUGUUACUUUCAUACUCUGCUUUACUAUGCCUGGGUUUUCCGAUAGAGAUCGUGGCAGAGACAGGGGGUAAGUAGGUAACGUUAAUGUAUGUUUAGCGAACUCGUUAGCUAGGUAGAGACGUUGCGAAGGUCAGUUUUAACGGUACUGUAGCUAUCUAGGUAACGUUGUUUUGCUUAUCCCUGCCAUUGGCCUUGGCUAGAUGCGCAAUGUUAAUACGACUUAUUUGAACCCUAAUAAAUUAUGUUAAAGUGCAUUUGCCUGAUAUAAUUGAUGUAACAAGCAGGUCGGACAAAUGUUUAACUAGCAGUUAACAUUAGUUAGCUAGGUAACGCGUUAACAAUGGGAGAUUCUCAGAGACCUAUGCUAUAUAUAAUAACCAUAUGCACCACGCUUGAGCAUAAAAUAUAGCAUGUGGUGUUGGUUAGGUAAAAACCACGGAAUGUUUGGUCAUUUUGCAUGUGGCAAAAAUAGUUUAGAAUCAAAAUGCCGGCCGGUUCCCUUCUUUGUUCAUCUUCUACCGGCCGGAAUUAAAAUGGCAGCUUAACUGGUUUAAACGUGACGCAGAAACUAAUGUCGCUAACGUUAGACCUAUCACAUCUUUGCAUGUGUAAGCAAACGGGUCACUGCUGUCCAGCCCUUGAGCAUGGCUCUCAGUUCCAUUACACAUAAGGAAUUGGAUGAAGGCGUCGUUCUAUAGGGGGAGUGUUGUUAAGAUAAGAGCCACGACGCUCGGUCUUAACAUUAACACGCAUCGCUUGCGGUACGGGUUUGGAAGCACACCUUUGAUACAAACCUUUAUUGGGUUAGGGUUUCCACACGGCCAUAUUGCCAUGUUACAGCGCUUGUUUACGGAAGAGAGUGGACUACCUGCACUAAUUAGCUAUCUGUGUCUCUGAACACCUGUGUGUAAACGGAAGACAGACGCCACAAACGUGUUGUCAAUUAAAAAUACUGUCGGCUGCAACUGUUAGCGAUCUACAAUUAGUGUAUUUUGCAUUUGUGAAAUAAUUUUGAUGUGAUUUAGAGGGAUUUGUUUCUAUAACCAAUUCACGUUUAGAUGGAGUGUUUGGCUUCCAGAGCCAAUUCGCCCAUUAAUAAACAGACCAUGUAAGGUCUUUGGACUAAGGGGUAACGUUAGGCUCCUUUAGUCCAAUAUUUGGCUAACUUCUGUCAUGCUAGCUGUUGUAGUACUCAUCAAGCCAUGCAAACUCGUGGGGGAAUGUGGGGUAUCAGUUCCUCAAAUGUAGCUGGCAUAACUAUCGGACUUCAACACAGCAUUCACUGUAUGCUCAGUCAUCUAAUAUUAGGUUGUUCCCCCUACUAUUUGAGGUAUGGAGGUGCACCUCGUUUUGGAGGCGGUGGUGGCAAUAGGGGCGGACCCCCUCAGGGGAAAUUUGGCAACCCAGGCGAAAGGCUGCGCAAAAAACACUGGAACAUGGAUGAGCUCCCAAAGUUUGAGAAGAACUUCUAUCAGGAGCACCCGGAUGUGAUCCGCAGACCACCUGUAAGUGACCCGGGCAGUUCUUUCCAUCUGAUUUCAGUGGUCUUCACCUUUUUGAUUAAAAUGGUCUUUGCCAAUGAACAACCUUUUAUGUGUCUAAUUGCAGCAAGAGGUAGAGAACUACCUGAGAAGUAAAGAAGUAACAGUGAAAGGCAGAGACUGCCCCAAGCCCAUGAUGAAGUUUCACGAGGCCAAUUUUCCAAGUGAGUAAAGCCUCUUCUAACUUUGCUUAAGAACAAGCUGAUUGUAUAAGAUGAUGACAUUGAAUCUCAUAUGUAAUCGAACUUUGUCUUUUUCAGAUUAUGUGAUGGAUGUCAUUGCCAAACAAGGAUGGGAUGAGCCAACUCCUAUCCAGGCUCAGGGCUGGCCUCUGGCCCUCAGUGGGAAAGACAUGGUGGGCAUCGCCCAGACAGGCUCUGGCAAAACCCUCGCUGUAAGUACAUUGAUUUAAAAUGACUAUUGGUAGCAUCUUUCUGGUAAUUCUUUGUGCAGGUGAACCGGUUGAGCUCAGUUUUUUUCUUCCCCGCACAGUAUCUGCUGCCUGCAAUCGUGCACAUUCAACACCAGCCAUUCUUGGAGCAUGGAGACGGACCUAUAGUAAGUACACCAUAAGCCUCUAGACUAGAGAACAUCCUUAGUAGUUUUUACAGGGUAAGUUCAGUUGAAUAACACUUGUCUCUAUCUUUGUCUUUCAGUGUUUGGUGCUGGCCCCGACCCGUGAGCUGGCCCAGCAGGUGCAGCAGGUUGCUGCCGAGUAUGGCAGGGCCUCCCGCCUGAAGUCCGUCUGUGUCUAUGGUGGAGCCCCCAAAGGACCCCAGAUCCGGGACCUCGAGAGAGGUAUCUAUCCACCACUUUGUUUUUUGCUAUUAUUUGUUUGCUCAGUAUGUUUGUUCUGUAUUAAAUAAUUUUGGUGAUAAGAGGCAGACAGCUGAGUGAGUGUUGUCUGUCCCCCCCCAGGUGUUGAGAUCUGUAUCGCCACCCCGGGGCGUCUCAUUGACUUCCUGGAGGCUGGGAAGACCAACCUUCGCAGGUGUACCUACCUUGUGCUGGAUGAGGCUGACCGUAUGCUGGACAUGGGCUUCGAGCCCCAAAUCCGCAAAAUCGUGGACCAAAUUAGAGUAUGUGGCUUUGACUCAACUCUAUUCCUUUGGCUAGAAUGCUUCAGUAUAAAGGCUCAUUCCCGCAGUGAUUUGUAGACUUGCUCAAUACUUGCUGAUUUCAAUUGGCAGAAUUCCCAUUGGACUUUGAUUGACAAAUCAUUGCAGAGUCUGCAUUUUCCUGUAUGAUCAGCCAUUAGACUGCUUGAAGGAUUUGAAGAAAUACUAAGUCAACUAUUUUCUCUGUUCUCCUCUCAGCCGGAUCGUCAGACCCUCAUGUGGAGUGCCACCUGGCCCAAGGAGGUGCGUCAGCUGGCUGAGGACUUCCUGAAGCAGUACGUCCAGAUCAACGUGGGCGCUCUGCAGCUUAGCGCCAACCAUAACAUCCUGCAGAUAGUGGACGUGUGCAACGACGGAGAGAAGGAUGACAAGUGAGUGACUCAUUUCUCCUCAGCAAAAGCCAAACGUCACAUUUACACCGCUUCAUAAUUGAAGGAAUUCAAGCAGAAGGACUCUUCAAUUGGUCAUUCAUUUGUCUCAUCCAGGAUAAAGUGUGCGUCACGUCAUCAAUUUUAACCCGAUCUCGUCUUUCCCCCUAAGACUGCUCCGGACUGCUAGAGGAGAUCAUGAGCGAGAAGGAGAACAAGACCAUCAUCUUUACCGAGACCAAGAGACGCUGUGAUGAGCUCACCAGGAGGAUGAGACGAGAUGGGUAAGGGUCAUCACACUAGUUCAUUUAACUGGGAAAUGAUUAUCCUUGUAAUGAGUCAUGCCUCUAAUGUCCAUGUUUGUCUGUUACAGCUGGCCAGCAAUGGGUAUCCACGGAGACAAGAGCCAGCAGGAGAGGGACUGGGUUCUCAAUGGUAUGCCUGAAAUAUUUUCUAUCUUUUUUUGAGUUUGUCAUGACAAUGUUAUGGACGUAUAACUGAAGUCAAUGAUCUUUCCACAGAAUUCAAAUAUGGCAAGGCCCCCAUCCUCAUCGCCACCGACGUGGCCUCCCGUGGUCUAGGUCAGUGUGGCUUUGGUUAAACCCUCUGGUUGUUUUCCUCAAUAUUUUCACUUUUUUAAAAGAAAGUGGUUUUGGCUUUCUUUAACUUCUCUAUGCAUUUUCUGAGUUUUUCUCACCUAAAGGUGCAGUCUUUGUGGCAGGGCCUAGGCAUGACAAGUCCCAGGCCUCGAGGGGGAAGGAGGACAUAUUGGAAGUGAAGUUUCCCCACUGGCUGCCACCCAGUGGGCCUAGAAAGGUGAAAGCUCUGUGUGCCAGUAAUCCUCAAGUCAAAAGGCAGUGUGGCUAAGCCUAGUUUCUGAUAUCUUUUUCUGUUUUUUUAUACAUGACAUUAUUUGUUCUGUCCAUGGAUUUUUACCUGACAAAUGCCUAUUCGUCGAGACGUUACCAACUCAAACGUUACACACAAACAAACGCUUGAUGUGACCAUUUGCCUUGCAUGCGUUUUGUAGAGGGCACUGUAUUGCAAGUCACUGUUUGAGAUUUGGAGCGGUUCUGUUAGUUGCGGAGCUUGUCCCAAAAAAAAGCAUGGGUGUUUAGCGAAUGUCACAGCUUUUCAUUGCUAUAUAUUUUUCUCCCUCACUCAAAGCACUGGUUUUCUUGAAAUGGAGAGAGCCGUUUUCAACUUACUGUUGUCGAAUCGAAAUUGAUGAGAAACUGGCACAUGUGUUUAAGGAGCUAUGGGAACAUCUAGAGAAAGUGAGAAAUAGAAGAGCUUCAAAAACCAAAGUUCCUCCCUCGCCUGCUUUUUAAAGUCAUGUCGAGACCUGCCAACGAGAGACAUUUUCUCAAGUGAACGAACACUGGCUUCUGGGAAGAUCUUGCCUAGACGAGACUGAUGGGGGCGGGGUGCUCUAUGCUCUCUGAGGGGCACCACAGGGGUCAAUACUAGGGCCUUUUUCGCUUUUUUGGGGUCCCCCCUCAAAUUAGUACUUGGUCUAUUCGGUCUUGGCAAGACGUGCAGUGAGGCCUUUAUUAGCAAGCUUCUUAUGAGUGUGUACUGGGAAAAAGGACCUUCAGAACCCAUACCAACUGAAAGGUCCUAUAUUGGCACACGAGGAGGCAACAGUGCACAUAGCGGCCCUACUGCGUAGAAGCUCCUGGAUGUCACUUGACAAUUUGUGGGGGAGUUCGCUGCAUUGGGAAAGGACUAGUGAAUGCAUACUCCUUAAUGGUAAGACUUCAAAUCCAGUUCUUUUCCUCCCCUGGUUAAAAACGGGAGGGGGAAUGCCUUAGGAUUUUUUGAUAUGGUAAGCAAACGGAGUGUGCAUCUCGUUUUUCUCUUCCCACAGUAGUAUUCCCAUGGAGUAGAACGUUUUCCUUGGAUUGUGUUAGUUAACCCCGUUCUUUGCAGCUCAGCUAAGUAUCCAGUCUGGAACCUUUUUAGCUCUCCAUUGUCUAUGCUAACUUUGUCCUUUGGUCUGGCUGUUGUGGUGUGCAAAAUCCUGUAUGGCUACCUUUUUGCCACACUGCAACACUUUACAGAUGUGGAGGAUGUGAAAUUUGUCAUAAAUUAUGACUAUCCUAACUCCUCUGAGGACUAUAUCCACCGCAUUGGACGCACGGCCCGCAGUCAAAAAACGGGCACCGCCUACACCUUCUUCACCCCCAACAACAUGAAACAGGCCAGCGACCUCAUAGCUGUGCUCCGCGAAGCCAACCAGGCUAUCAACCCCAAGCUCCUCCAGAUGGCAGAGGCCAGAGGAGGUAAUUCCUAUGGCGGGUGAGAUGUGAACAAGGCUGUGGUUACAUCUGCAGACAUUUAGAUUUUAUAUAGAUAAGAAAUCUAUUUGAAGAGGUUCUUAAAACGUUAAAUAUGAAGAUGACCCACCUUGUUCUCACCAUAUUUGGCAACUAUCAUUUUAGUUUAAAUGUCCUCACGCCACCCAUCACUGCUACCAGUCUCAUCACUGCCCUGUCUCUUGUUUUGUCUUGUUUUCCAGGUCGUGGAGGGGGGGGGAGAGGUGGCUAUAGGGAUGACCGACGAGAUAGGUAUUCUGGGGGGAGGAGUUACGGUGGUGGUGGUGGUGGUGGUGGUGGUAGUUACAGGGACAAGGAUAGCGACAGGGGGUACGGUGGGGGACCAAAGAGUGCCUUCGGCGCAAAAACCCAAAACGGAGGAGGCUACGGGGGUAGCACCUAUGACAAGGGCGCUAGCUCUGGCGGUAGCUAUGGCAACAGCUACGGCAGCAACGGACAGGCUAGCUUCGGCGCCGCCAACCAGGUGGGUGCGUUCGGCGGCCAGAACUUCCAGGCCCCUCCACAGUUCGGAGCCGCACAGGCGCCCGCCCCAAACGGCAUGGGUCGCCCGCCGUUCCCCUUUAACCCACAGGCACAGCAGCCCCAACAACCCCCACCCAUGGUACCCUACUCUAUGCCUCCACCUUUCCCACAGUAA